UAAUUAGUACUUCUACUUCAUUUUCUCUGCACCAAAAAAAAUAAAUAAAUAAGAAAAUGGAAGAGGUAGUUCUUUUGGGAUUCUGGACCAGCCCUUAUGUUAUGAGGGUGAAGAUUGCCUUGUUAGAGAAAGGAAUUGAAUUCCAAUACAAGGAAGAGAGAGAUGUAUUUGAAGAUAAAAACAAGAGUGAAUUACUCCUCGAGUCAAAUCCAAUUUACAAGAAAGUUCCAGUGCUCAUACACAAUGGCAAGCCCAUUUGUGAGUCCCUCAUCAUUCUUGAAUACAUUGAUGAGGUUUGGAAGCAAGAACAGCAGUUGUUCUCUGCUGAUCCUUACUACAGAGCCAAAGCCAGGUUUUGGAUUGAUUUCUUUGACAAAAAGACAACUACCUGUGGCAAGAAGUUGUGGGCUAACAAGGGAGAAGACCAAGAUGCUGCAAAGAGAGAGUUUGUGGAGUGUUUGAAACUGCUGGAAAAUGAACUUGGAGAAAAGCCUUAUUUUGGAGGUGACCAUUUUGCCCUUUUGGAUAUUGCAUUGAUACCAAUCACAUGCAGAUUUUACACUUAUGAGAAGUUAUGCAAAUUUAGUGUGGAGGAAGAAUGUCCCAAGUUCAUGGAAUGGGUCAGAAGAUGCAACAUGAGGGAGAGUGUUUCGAAGACCCUUCCUGAUCCAUUCAAGGUCUUUGACUUUGUGUUGGAGGUUAAGAAAAGGUUUCAAAUUCAGUGAGAUCGUUGGGAAAUAAUUUUGAAAAAAAAAAAGCUCAUAACAUUAUUGUUUCUUGAACAUUAUUGUAAAUAUGAGAGUUCACCUUGUUUAAUGGUGGAUAUCGAGUAACAAGUUGCCUUUGUUUCCAAUAUAUGUAACGUUCUCAGUAAUAUAGUUUUAAAGUAUUAAAAUAGUUAGCGUUUAAA